AUGAAUCCAUCAACCAGUUCCACGGCAAGCGAUCACUUGAGGGAGUUUACAUGCUUCGCGAAUCUCCCACUGGAGAUCAGACUGCGGAUUUGGGAAUUGGUAGCACCGCGAGAACGAAACGCGGUCAUGGAUAAAGCUGGGGCAAGAUCCACUGGCUUAAACAACCUCGACUUGGGAAUAAGCCUGGAUGGCCUAUCAUUGUCGUCACAUGGCAUGGUAGAGACGUGUCCAGAGAGUCUGAAAGUUAUCGAUGAUAUACCUAUCGGCACCAUGUUCAUUCCCUUACGACGACCGGCACUUGUUAGUCUCGCAUCCUUGCAUAAGAGGGUAGACGCAAUUGCUACAUUAUGGCCGGAACCGAGACAUUUGGAGGAUCUCCAUAAGUUCCUCGUGAAGCGAAAAGAGGCAUAUGACAAUCACCGGAUUAAGACAAUCUACAUUGGCCUCUCGGGGAUACUAUGGACAGCCAAACCUAAACUUGGUGGUACGGGUUUCAGAGUCUACGACCUUGACGAUAUCUCCCUCUUACCAUUACUAUCUGAAGUUACAACCCGCCGUGACGAUCGACUCCAUUCCUCUGAUGAAUGUUUCCUUGAGAAUCUCAAAGUCUAUUGGGAAAAGAAUGAACUUGCCAGAGAAUUACAAGAGACAUGGGAAAGACUCAUAUUAGGCAGCGAGAAAAUUAUGCCUAUUUUGAAACCCGUUGUUGUCUUUGCCAACUCUAGGCAUCGACUGCACCUCGGAAGUUGCAGCCCUUGUCACGGACAUCGAAUUUUGGAAGGCCUGAUAUUUGCAGGCAAUUCUGUUCAUCGGCAUGAGGGCAAGUUUUUAUCUGGUCAUCCGAUAAAGAUGUGGGGAGGGUAUUGCGACGAGGCUUGCCGGACGAGGAUGAUAGAACAGUCUCGUAGAGAGUUGUGGUAUGAUUAA